AUGGUCGAAGAGAUCGUGCCGAACCCGCGGAGGAGCCAGCCAGGCGUCUUUGACCCCCACACAGACGACCCGCUCACCAAGGGGAUCGAUCUUAUGACCCGGGCCAACAAAGCAUCAGAGCGAUUGAUUUGCUGCCGCGGUUGCGGGAUUCCGCUUCAGACACACGACCCGAACAAUGUUGGUUAUGUGCGCUUCUCCAACUACCUGGAGAAGUGGUCGGAGCGUCUACAUCGCAAGCUGCUGUGCUCGCGGUGCCUGGCUUUGGAGCAGGGGCAGUUGGUCCCGGUGGUGAAGGAAGUCAUGGCCGAAGGCCAAGUUGGCUUUGGCGGGCAAGUAGUUCCGGCAGAUGUGCUUGCCCAGCAGCUGCAAACCAUCUCCAAACGUCGCUGUUUGGUUGUGUACAUUGUGGAUGUGCUUGACUUCAACGGCUCGUUCAUCCGCAAGAUCCGGCAGAUUGUUGGGAAGAACCCGGUCGUCUUGAUUGGAACCAAGAUUGACCUCCUGCCACCGAAGACCAAGCUGGAGCCAGUCGAGAAGUGGCUACUCUACAUCUUGCGGAAGAAGAAGCUGCGAGUUGUGAACGUCAAGCUUGUCAGCAAUGAGACGGGGAAGUACAUCAAUCAUGCUGCGAAUGCCAUCAUCGAAUCCCGGUGUGGCAUGGACGUGUUCGUCGUGGGGGCCGCCAAUGCCGGCAAGUCCUGCUUCAUCACGCGACUUUUAGACCGGCUGGAGGAGAAGUUCCCUCAAGGCAAGGUGGAAGACUGCCCUCGGCCGUUAGUGUCGCGCACGCCCGGGACGACCUUGGGCACUAUCCAGCUGAGGGCCUUUCGCAGAUCUGCGACAUCACCUGUGUUCGCGAGUCUCUAUGACACACCAGGCGUGCACCAGCCGAGCAGCAUGCAGAACCUGCUGGACAUCGAAGCGUACAACUACGUGCAGCCCACCAGGAAGUUUGGAGUGCACACGGUGUGCCCGGGCAAGGAUGUCCUCGAGCAGCUCAAGGCCAGUGGAGAGGACGUGACCCCUGAGAACUUGAAGCAGUGGCUGGACCGCCCCGUGAGGUAUCUGUGGGGUUUCCCUGGCCAGCCUCCUGUCGUGGCUGUCGAGGUAUACCCUCCGGUGAGCGCCCAGCUGCAGCUGUCCUUUGUGGGCGUGCACAACCUGGUGGUGAGCUGUGUCGCCAAUGUGCCAAAGGGCGGCGAGGAUGGACGGGGCUACCCGGACCCCCCAGAUGGUUUGGCCUUGGCAUCUUUGUGCUACGUCAAGACACCCGAUUCGCUGUCCAUGGAUGGCCAUGUCAUGUCCGACAUCUCGCUCACAGGAUUUGGCUGGGUGGCGGUUUCCUUUGCUGCGCUGAACGGCAAGGCGGCAGGCCGGCCGAUGCAGCGAUCAAAAGUUACCAUCCGAGUCUACGGCCCGAAGCGCCUCAAGGUGGUUCAAAACGAGUUCCCGAUGCCAGUUGCGGGUCUUCCGGGCUUCGUCCCUGCACCGCCUGAAGUCGGCUUGGAUGACGAGGAUCCGGACGAGGUCUCCUCAGCAGAGGAGGUGGACUCCAUCGACCCGGAGAAGCCCAUCCAGGAGGCUGAGGUUCCCAGCCAGCCUUGGGCAGCGGACCUGGGAAAUUCCGUAGGUGGCUUUAUGCGGCGUGCUCCAGGCGGCGGUGCCACAGGGGCGGACAAGGAUGACGAGGCGGCUGCAGAGGCUGUGACCAAGCCCGAGGCAGCUCCGAGCUCGACACUGCGCCGCAGGCCGAAGCUCAUCGACAGCACCCGAGAACUCGAUCGGGAACUUGAUCGGCUGGGCCUUGACAUGCCGCCAGAGGAGGCCGAGGCGCUCCGCUCCGCCACCUCGCAGUUCGAGGUGCCAGUGCACGACCUCGAUGAUGGCUACUUGCCCCUAGACGACUUCGACGAGGAAGCAGCUUACAGUGGCCCAAUGCCCGAGUUUGCCCCUGCCGCCUCCGAUGAGCCGUUCGAAGGCGAUCCCUUCGGUGAUGACUGGUCUGAUGCAGUCGACAUGUCCCGGUUCCCGGAACCCAAGGGGCCCGCCGUGGAUGCUGUGAUGCGAGAAGAGGAACCAUCCGCGCCACCCCGUCAACGGGGCAAGAAGCAUCGAUGGUAUGGCAUGACGCGGGAGGAGAUCAAGGAGACAAAAGCGCGCGAGAAGUCCGAACGCCGGCGGGCCAAGCAAGCAGGAUCGGAACGCCCGGCCGCAGACCAAGUUUUCAAAAGGCAAGAAUGGUGGCGGGCGGGAAAAGGCCGCUCCCAAGCGGAAGGAGCCAGCCGGGAGCUGAGAGGAAUCCUGGAUGUUACUGGAUAA